UCUUUCGCGACGAGGCCGCCCUCGCCUGCCGUGUUCGCCCGCGUCACAUUACCCACCUUUGUUUCGACCUCGGAAGCCUCCGUGCCACAUUCACCGUUGAACACUCCAUCAACAUCUCGGACAAAGACAUCGAGAACCGGUUGCAGCACUAUACCUUCCGUGCAAUGCAGGACCUCUACGACCACCGCUACAGUCCCCCCGACGGACUCGAUGCCCUCGCAUUCGAGAACGCCAGGCUGCGACAAGACCGUGACAAUGACCAGUGCGACAUCCUCGCGGCGAACGCGGAGAGGGAGCGUCUCCAGAGCGAGCUCGAGGAGAAGGGCUCGGAGGCGGAUGCUGCGAAGGAGGACAUCGAUGCCCUGCGCGGCCAGCUGGAGGAGGCGAACGCGGAGAGGGAGCGUCUCCAGAGCGAGCUCGAGGAGAAGGGCUCGGAGGCGGAUGCCGCGAAGGAGGACAAUGAUGCCCUGCGCGGCCAGCUGGAGGAGGCGAACGCGGAGAGGGAGCGUCUCCAGAGCGAGCUCGAGGAGAAGGGCUCGGAGGCGGAUGCCGCGAAGGAGGACAAUGAUGCCCUGCGCGGCCAGCUGGAGGAGGCGAACGCGGAGAGGGAGCGUCUCCAGAGCGAGCUCGAGGAGAAGGGCUCGGAGGCGGAUGCCGCGAAGGAGGACAAUGAUGCCCUGCGCGGCCAGCUGGAGGAGGCGAACGCGGAGAGGGAGCGUCUCCAGAGCGAGCUCGAGGAGAAGGGCUCGGAGGCGGAUGCUGCGAAGGAGGACAAUGAUGCCCUGCGCGGCCAGCUGGAGGAGGCGAACGCGGAGAGGGAGCGUCUCCAGAGCGAGCUCGAGGAGAAGGGCUCGGAGGCGGAUGCCGCGAAGGAGGACAAUGAUGCCCUGCGCGGCCAGCUGGAGGAGGCGAACGCGGAGAGGGAGCGUCUCCAGAGCGAGCUCGAGGAGAAGGGCUCGGAGGCGGAUGCUGCGAAGGAGGACAAUGAUGCCCUGCGCGGCCAGCUGGAGGAGGCGAACGCGGAGAGGGAGCGUCUCCAGAGCGAGCUCGAGGAGAAGGGCUCGGAGGCGGAUGCCGCGAAGGAGGACAAUGAUGCCCUGCGCGGCCAGCUGGAGGAGGCGAACGCGGAGAGGGAGCGUCUCCAGAGCGAGCUCGAGGAGAAGGGCUCGGAGGCGGAUGCUGCGAAGGAGGACAAUGAUGCCCUGCGCGGCCAGCUGGAGGAGGCGAACGCGGAGAGGGAGCGUCUCCAGAGCGAGCUCGAGGAGAAGGGCUCGGAGGCGGAUGCUGCGAAGGAGGACAAUGAUGCCCUGCGCGGCCAGCUGGAGGAGGCGAACGCGGAGAGGGAGCGUCUCCAGAGCGAGCUCGAGGAGAAGGGCUCGGAGGCGGAUGCUGCGAAGGAGGACAAUGAUGCCCUGCGCGGCCAGCUGGAGGAGGCGAACGCGGAGAGGGAGCGUCUCCAGAGCGAGCUCGAGGAGAAGGGCUCGGAGGCGGAUGCCGCGAAGGAGGACAAUGAUGCCCUGCGCGGCCAGCUGGAGGAGGCGAACGCGGAGAGGGAGCGUCUCCAGAGCGAGCUCGAGGAGAAGGGCUCGGAGGCGGAUGCCGCGGAUGCAACACACACAAAGGUGUUCCCCCAUGCGGAGUGGAACAUCGUACUGCAGAACAAACCUCGAGAGCUCGACCGAAUCUUUCGCGACGAGGCCGCCCUCGCCUGCCGUGUUCGCCCGCGUCACAUUACCCACCUUUGUUUCGACCUCGGAAGCCUCCGUGCCACAUUCACCGUUGAACACUCCAUCAACAUCUCGGACAAAGACAUCGAGAACCGGUUGCAGCACUAUACCUUCCGUGCAAUGCAGGACCUCUACGACCACCGCUACAGUCCCCCCGACGGACUCGAUGCCCUCGCAUUCGAGAACGCCAGGCUGCGACAAGACCGUGACAAUGACCAGUGCGACAUACUCGCGGCGAACGCGGAGAGGGAGCGUCUCCAGAGCGAGCUCGAGGAGAAGGGCUCGGAGGCGGAUGCUGCGAAGGAGGACAAUGAUGCCCUGCGCGGCCAGCUGGAGGAGGCGAACGCGGAGAGGGAGCGUCUCCAGAGCGAGCUCGAGGAGAAGGGCUCGGAGGCGGAUGCUGCGAAGGAGGACAUCGAUGCCCUGCGCGGCCAGCUGGAGGAGGCGAACGCGGAGAGGGAGCGUCUCCAGAGCGAGCUCGAGGAGAAGGGCUCGGAGGCGGAUGCCGCGAAGGAGGACAAUGAUGCCCUGCGCGGCCAGCUGGAGGAGGCGAACGCGGAGAGGGAGCGUCUCCAGAGCGAGCUCGAGGAGAAGGGCUCGGAGGCGGAUGCUGCGAAGGAGGACAAUGAUGCCCUGCGCGGCCAGCUGGAGGAGGCGAACGCGGAGAGGGAGCGUCUCCAGAGCGAGCUCGAGGAGAAGGGCUCGGAGGCGGAUGCUGCGAAGGAGGACAAUGAUGCCCUGCGCGGCCAGCUGGAGGAGGCGAACGCGGAGAGGGAGCGUCUCCAGAGCGAGCUCGAGGAGAAGGGCUCGGAGGCGGAUGCCGCGAAGGAGGACAAUGAUGCCCUGCGCGGCCAGCUGGAGGAGGCGAACGCGGAGAGGGAGCGUCUCCAGAGCGAGCUCGAGGAGAAGGGCUCGGAGGCGGAUGCCGCGAAGGAGGACAAUGAUGCCCUGCGCGGCCAGCUGGAGGAGGCGAACGCGGAGAGGGAGCGUCUCCAGAGCGAGCUCGAGGAGAAGGGCUCGGAGGCGGAUGCUGCGAAGGAGGACAUCGAUGCCCUGCGCGGCCAGCUGGAGGAGGCGAACGCGGAGAGGGAGCGUCUCCAGAGCGAGCUCGAGGAGAAGGGCUCGGAGGCGGAUGCCGCGAAGGAGGACAAUGAUGCCCUGCGCGGCCAGCUGGAGGAGGCGAACGCGGAGAGGGAGCGUCUCCAGAGCGAGCUCGAGGAGAAGGGCUCGGAGGCGGAUGCUGCGAAGGAGGACAAUGAUGCCCUGCGCGGCCAGCUGGAGGAGGCGAACGCGGAGAGGGAGCGUCUCCAGAGCGAGCUCGAGGAGAAGGGCUCGGAGGCGGAUGCUGCGAAGGAGGACAAUGAUGCCCUGCGCGGCCAGCUGGAGGAGGCGAACGCGGAGAGGGAGCGUCUCCAGAGCGAGCUCGAGGAGAAGGGCUCGGAGGCGGAUGCUGCGAAGGAGGACAAUGAUGCCCUGCGCGGCCAGCUGGAGGAGGCGAACGCGGAGAGGGAGCGUCUCCAGAGCGAGCUCGAGGAGAAGGGCUCGGAGGCGGAUGCUGCGAAGGAGGACAAUGAUGCCCUGCGCGGCCAGCUGGAGGAGGCGAACGCGGAGAGGGAGCGUCUCCAGAGCGAGCUCGAGGAGAAGGGCUCGGAGGCGGAUGCCGCGAAGGAGGACAAUGAUGCCCUGCGCGGCCAGCUGGAGGAGGCGAACGCGGAGAGGGAGCGUCUCCAGAGCGAGCUCGAGGAGAAGGGCUCGGAGGCGGAUGCCGCGAAGGAGGACAAUGAUGCCCUGCGCGGCCAGCUGGAGGAGGCGAACGCGGAGAGGGAGCGUCUCCAGAGCGAGCUCGAGGAGAAGGGCUCGGAGGCGGAUGCCGCGAAGGAGGACAAUGAUGCCCUGCGCGGCCAGCUGGAGGAGGCGAACGCGGAGAGGGAGCGUCUCCAGAGCGAGCUCGAGGAGAAGGGCUCGGAGGCGGAUGCUGCGAAGGAGGACAAUGAUGAUGAUGCCCUGCGCGGCCAGCUGGAGGAGGCGAACGCGGAGAGGGAGCGUCUCCAGAGCGAGCUCGAGGAGAAGGGCUCGGAGGCGGAUGCUGCGAAGGAGGACAUCGAUGCCCUGCGCGGCCAGCUGGAGGAGGCGAACGCGGAGAGGGAGCGUCUCCAGAGCGAGCUCGAGGAGAAGGGCUCGGAGGCGGAUGCUGCGAAGGAGGACAUCGAUGCCCUGCGCGGCCAGCUGGAGGAGGCGAACGCGGAGAGGGAGCGUCUCCAGAGCGAGCUCGAGGAGAAGGGCUCGGAGGCGGAUGCCGCGAAGGAGGACAAUGAUGCCCUGCGCGGCCAGCUGGAGGAGGCGAACGCGGAGAGGGAGCGUCUCCAGAGCGAGCUCGAGGAGAAGGGCUCGGAGGCGGAUGCUGCGAAGGAGGACAAUGAUGCCCUGCGCGGCCAGCUGGAGGAGGCGAACGCGGAGAGGGAGCGUCUCCAGAGCGAGCUCGAGGAGAAGGGCUCGGAGGCGGAUGCUGCGAAGGAGGACAAUGAUGCCCUGCGCGGCCAGCUGGAGGAGGCGAACGCGGAGAGGGAGCGUCUCCAGAGCGAGCUCGAGGAGAAGGGCUCGGAGGCGGAUGCCGCGAAGGAGGACAAUGAUGCCCUGCGCGGCCAGCUGGAGGAGGCGAACGCGGAGAGGGAGCGUCUCCAGAGCGAGCUCGAGGAGAAGGGCUCGGAGGCGGAUGCCGCGAAGGAGGACAAUGAUGCCCUGCGCGGCCAGCUGGAGGAGGCGAACGCGGAGAGGGAGCGUCUCCAGAGCGAGCUCGAGGAGAAGGGCUCGGAGGCGGAUGCUGCGAAGGAGGACAAUGAUGCCCUGCGCGGCCAGCUGGAGGAGGCGAACGCGGAGAGGGAGCGUCUCCAGAGCGAGCUCGAGGAGAAGGGCUCGGAGGCGGAUGCUGCGAAGGAGGACAAUGAUGCCCUGCGCGGCCAGCUGGAGGAGGCGAACGCGGAGAGGGAGCGUCUCCAGAGCGAGCUCGAGGAGAAGGGCUCGGAGGCGGAUGCUGCGAAGGAGGACAAUGAUGCCCUGCGCGGCCAGCUGGAGGAGGCGAACGCGGAGAGGGAGCGUCUCCAGAGCGAGCUCGAGGAGAAGGGCUCGGAGGCGGAUGCCGCGAAGGAGGACAAUGAUGCCCUGCGCGGCCAGCUGGAGGAGGCGAGAGAGGGUUUUGAGCAGACGAAUGUAGAGAUGGAACGGGUGCUGAGAGCGUUGUCGAGCGAGACGGCGAAUCGAAUGGCUGCGGAGGAGGGUAGCCGCGCGCUCGAAAAGAAGGUGAGUUUUGUCGUGGCCGACAGGGAUUCGUUGUCUCUGAUUGUGGCGGAGACGGUGAAGGAAAAGUCGUUGUUAGCGAAGCGUUGUGCGGGCGCUGAGGAGAAGGCGGCCGUGCUGUCGGAGGAGAUGGUGGAGAUGCGUGAAAAUUUGCGGGCGUGCGAGAGUUCGCUGCGCGCGGCGGAGCUCGAGCGGAGGCGGCUGUCGGAAGAAUUGGUGUCUGCGGUGCAGGUGAAGCGGAAGCUGGAGAAGGACAAGGAGCGGCUGAAGGAGGGCUAUGUGCAGUCGGAAAAGGAGCGGCGUAAAUUGGAUGCGCGGUUCGAGGCGAGGAGUAAGAAUCAUGGGAGCGAGCUGGCGACGGUGCCGUGUGCUGCGGCGAAGCAGCCGGUGGAGGGUUGCUUUAUGGCGACACGCACGGCUCUCAAGGUAUUACAGAAUAAUGGUGCUGAAGUGGAGGACAUGGGGAGAUGA